UGCCCGUAGCGGGCGUGGCCUGCUCGCCUUCGCCGGGGGGCUGCGGUGAUCCGGGGAGUGCUGCUUCAGAAAGAGCCGCCCCGCCCGCACGUGGCCUCCGGGAGACUAAAGCCCGCGACAGCGUUGGCGGGAGCGGUGUCUCGGACUCCUUAGGGAGGCAGAGCUGAGCACACAGCAGACCCCCUGGGAGACCUCCAUUCCAACCAGCUGACUGUCCUGUGCCCCCCGUGCCCACCAUGCAUCCUCAGUCAGUUCUGCAUAGCGGCUACUUCCACCCACUGCUCUGGAACUGGCAGACAGCUGCCACCAGCCUCAGCGCCUCCAACCUCAUCUACCCCAUCUUUGUCACGGAUGUUCCUGAUGACAAACAGCCCAUCGCCAGCCUCCCAGGAGUGGCCAGGUAUGGUGUGAACCGGCUGGAAGAGAUGCUGAAACCCCUGGUGGAGGAGGGCCUACGCUGUGUCCUGAUCUUCGGUGUCCCCAGCAGAGUUCCCAAGGAUGAGCGGGGCUCCGCAGCCGACUCCGAGGACUCCCCGGCUAUCGAGGCCAUCCGUCUGUUGCGCAAGAAUUUCCCCAGCCUCCUGGUGGCCUGCGACGUGUGCCUGUGCCCCUACACCUCCCACGGUCACUGUGGGCUUCUGAGUGAGAAUGGGUCAUUCCAAGCUGAGGAGAGCCGCCAGCGGCUGGCAGAGGUGGCUCUGGCCUAUGCCAAGGCAGGGUGCCAGGUGGUGGCCCCGUCGGACAUGAUGGACGGACGCGUGGAAGCCAUCAAGGAAGCUCUGAUGGCACAUGGAUUCGGCAACAGGGUAUCAGUGAUGAGCUAUAGUGCCAAAUUCGCUUCUUGUUUCUAUGGACCUUUCCGGGACGCAGCUCAGUCGAGCCCGGCUUUUGGAGAUCGCCGCUGCUACCAGCUGCCACCCGGAGCACGAGGCCUGGCCCUCCGCGCGGUGGACCGGGAUGUUCGGGAGGGAGCGGACUUGCUUAUGGUGAAGCCAGGAACACCCUACCUGGACAUCGUACGGGAGGUAAAGAACAAGCACCCUGAGCUCCCCCUGGCUGUGUACCACGUUUCUGGAGAGUUCGCCAUGCUGUGGCACGGGGCCCAGGCUGGGGCAUUUGAUCUCAAGGCUGCUGUACUAGAGGUCAUGACUGCCUUCCGCAGAGCAGGUGCCGAUGUCAUCAUCACCUACUAUACGCCUCAGCUACUGCAGUGGCUGAAGGAGUGAUGGAGAAAGUGUACCAGAUUCAACGAGAACUUUUCUAUUCCUGAGCCUUGCAGAAGUGAAAACCAAAGUAAACGAUGCUUUUAGAACUGUGCACUCCUGCCCUCUUCCUGCUUAUGUGCUGGCGGGUGCCUGGAAGCCCUGGGCGGUUUCUGCCAGCCUGCCAAAUCAUCCCACUUGCAGCUACGUCCUCACUGGCUCUCCCAGGCUUCCCAGCCCCUCCUCUGGGUCAGUCCUGAAGCUCACCUCUGCCAACUCCGCUCCUUCCUCUGGGGUCACUUCAGCUGGAAAGCCACCAGGACUCAUGGCAUCAGCUCAGUGGGGUCUGGGAGAAGGGCUUGGAACAUUAAGGGAGAGAGGGAAGUUGAUUCUUGGACCCUAAGAAGCUCUGGAAAGCUGGAGGCCUCUGGCAGCAGAGGUGGGCACACAGGCCUAGGUUGACACCCUGGGUUUAGAGUUGACAUUUGCUGCAAUUCCACUGUAAAGCGAUCCCCACACAGGCCAGUGGUUGCCAGGCUGCCUGAGGUCUCCUGUUGUUCUCUGAGCCAUAAACCCAGAGAAGAAUUACUCAUUAACAAGCAGAAAAGAAUUAAUUUGUUAACAAGCAGGAACACUGCCGAAGGAUCAAAAUUCAGAAGCAAAGAGAGAAUUCCUGACUGUUGGCGAUGGCACCACCAAAAAGACUCUUUAUUGCAGAGAUAUUUCUUGAGAAGGUCUGCUUUGUGCCCACGCACAAUACCGGGUCCUGGGGAUAUAUAGCAGGACAGACUUCAGCUUGUCUCUGCGUGGAAUCUACACAAGGGAACCAGGGUGACAGAAAGAAAGCCAACAAGAAAACAGACAUAAGGCAGUUACAGAUGGUAAUAGUGCUUCCAGGGAAAGAAGGGGUCUGAGACAGAAUAACAGAUGAGGGGCCUCGCCUGAGAAGCCCUUCCUGAGAUUGAGGGGCAAGGAAAGGCCUUUAACAAGAGGAGAGGGAAGCGGACGUCAGAAGCUGCGAGAAGGACGGCAGAGUGUACAGGUUCCUGCAAUAGCAGGAACCCCAUCGUGGGAACCAGAUGAAGAAGAAGGUGCAUGACAGCACCAGAGGUUGGAAAGGUAGAUCCCACACUUCUAGGAAGCUUGGUUUCUAUUUUGCAUCUGAUAGAAAGCCAUCUAAAGGGUCUUAACCAGGCGUUAAUGUGUUCCAAUUUCCCCCAUUCUGCUGCUAUGAAAAAAAAUGGAGGGGCGAGCCAGAACCAGCCUGGUUGGGAGGCUGCUGCAGACCCCAGGGAACCAUGCCAGUGACCUGGACCAAGGUUGUGGCAGUGGAGAGCAAAGAAGCGGAAUGUGCUCAGGAUACUUUCUGAAGACCAAAUAAGCAAGCUUUGCCAAUGUUUUCCUGUUGGAGAAUUGAGGCAAGGACCGAGAUGCCUUCAUGGGUUUCUGGCUUGAAAAACAGGUCUCUAUUGGUUCUUCUAAGAGGAUUCGAUGUCAUGUUCCGCGCCCCCAGGUGAAAGUUCAGGCCCAGCUAGCGAGGGGCCAGUUUGUAAGUCCACCCACCUGUCUGCAGAGUGACAGAGAAUCCCAGCUCUAGAGCCAAAGCAAGACUAUUUUGGAUGUUAAAGCAGUAUAAUCUAUUUUAAAAUUUAGAAAUACCUGAGUUAGAGGCAGCUCCCCUCUGACUCCUGGUGCUCUUCCACAGAGCUGUGGCCACCUCAUCCUGUACUCAGCUUUUGGGAUGUGAAGAAUCACCUUGAGACCGAAAACAUGAGCGAUGAGCCACUGACGGGUCUGAGUUUGGACCAUGCCAGAACCUUGCACCACCUUCGUUUCUGUGCUCCCUGGCCCUGAACUCGUUUCUGAUUAGUGUGGAAGGGAACAUUCUUCAAGGUCAUCCCACACUCAUCAUUGCCAAGCUGAGAGGGGGCCCAGCUCUGUUCUAGGCACAAGGAGAUGGGAGGCAGACAUGCCCUUUAGGUACAAACCAUUCUCAGGAAGCAAAUAACUGUGUCCCGAGCCCCCAGGAGCUAACAUUGAGCAGAGUGAUGAUGGGGCUCCCUGAGGAGAAUCAGUGGGCAGACCUGUUACCACUGAGGUAGUGACAGGCGCUGGAAGGCCACCAGGUAUGACCUGGUAUGAAGGAUCCGAAAACAUCUCCCUGAGGUCUGACAUUUAGACCUAGACCUAGAAAGCAAGUAGCCAAGCUGACACAUGUUUAGGGACGAUCAUUCCCAGCCGAAGGGAUCCCGGGGCCAAAGUGAGCUGGACGGCUGGGGUUGCUGGAACACACAAAAGGUUUUUAAUGUUUUUUUUUUUAAUCUUUUUUAUUUUCUAAAUUAUGAAAAUAUGAUAACACGUUUACAGGAGACUUGGAAAAUACAGUACAAAGUUAAGAUUUUUAGUUGGAAUUUGAGUUUAUAGAAGCAUCUUGACAGCACUGUGGCAAAGCACAAGUAAGUGUGGCCUAGACUGAGUGUGACCGUCGGGGUGGAGAAGAGAAGAUUUAGGACUUAGGUGAGAGGUCAAGGGCAAACUUGGCUUGAGCUCCUGGGUGGCUGAUAGGCAGGCCAUUGACUGAGGUGAGAGCUUGGAAAGGGAAUCCUUAAAUUUAGCGUGGGUUUGCAGUGAAGAAGCUCUGUCUGUCAGUUAUUAUAUGACUCUCAAGGCCGCUCAACCAGUUUGUGGCAGAACUGGGUCUAGAACCCCAGUCACCAAAAACAGCAGAGCUGGGAUUUGAAAUCACACAGCCCAACUCGAAGGCCAUACCUACUCGGCUGUACCACCUCCCAAUAAACAGUAACAAAAUUAUAGCUCUAACACUGAUGCUCUUGGUAGCUCUAGUAACGGGGCACAUCCAGGGGCUGAGCUGCCUUCAGGCAUAUGGUCUAUGUGAGGGGCGCCCUCUGGAGUCAGGACUUAGCACCUGAGGUACCAUAAUUUUAUCCUUGGGCAGAGAACUCGGCUCUCACAAGCAGCGAGGCUUAUUAUUCUCAGAUUUCCAGGUAUCUGGUGAGCAUUAAGGGCCUCUCUCAACACAAUAUGAUUUUCUUAUUUCCCUCUCAGGACCUGCCAGCUUGGAUGGUAGCUUGUCCCUUAAUGCGGCAUCCCACAGACCACCACAGAUAACCAACACAUUGCCUCAUCCUCACUUUUCAUUUCACUAAGGUCCCUCAAACUACCUCAGUGGGCAUACGGUUGAGGUCCCCACAAACAACAAGCAUUUAAACCAGACAUUUUACAACCGACUUCCCAACUAGGGAAAGGGGAGUCCUGACCUUGCCCUGUGUGGACUCUGCCAAUUCCACACAUUAGGGCCUGUCACUUGCAGCGCCCCAUAUUCUGCCUUGUUCUGGGCACUCUUGGUGGCAAGUGACAGAUACAGUCUCUCCUGGAAGCCUGUAUCCCUUCCUAUCGUCAUCUGUGUUUGCCUCAGCUUGCCUUUAUUCUAAUAUGGGUUUUUGCCACUUGACAGCAGCAAGGUCCUUGUCUGUGAAAGUCGCUCAGUCAUGUCUGACUCUGCGAUGCCAUGGACUGUAGCCUGCCAGGCUCCUCUGUCCAUGAAGUCUCCAGGCAAGUAUACUGGAGUGGAUUGCCGUGCCCUUCUCCAGGGGAUCUUCCUGAUCCAGGGAUCAAACCUGGGUCUCCUGCACUGCAGGCAGAUUCUUUACCAUCUGAGCCACCAGGGAAGAUGGUCCUUAAUCCUUUCUAUCCCAGUAUUCACAUAGCAGAUCUCUGGAGGUCUCUGAUUGGUCCUGCUCAGGUCACACGACCAGCCUCAGUUUAGUCCCUGUGAACAAUGGCAUGGGAGAUGUGGCAAGGAGAUGUAAGGCUGGUAGGAUCUCAGCUUUUGCACCUGUGGUUGUCCCCUUUGCCUGGAGUGCUUUUUACCUAAACUCUUAACAGCGUUCUCCUUUUUCAUUGUUAAGAUCUUGGUUUAAAUGUCACGGCCUCAGAAAAAUCUGCUCUGACAUCAGAUUUAAAGUCAUUCCCCAGUUACUCUGUAUUAGUCAGGAUUCAUGUUCAGUAAUUAUAACAAAAGCCAAAAUAAUGAUAGCUUAAGAUGGAAAUGUGUUUCUGAGUAGUCUGGGCUACAUGAUCAGCUAUAUGGUGUGGGGGGUCAUGACUCCUGCCUUGUUCUGUCAUCAACGCAUCUUGGCUUCCAUCUCAUGAUCACAGUUGGCGGAUCCAGUUCCAACCAUCAGGCCCUCUUUCAGUCAGCAGAAAGAGGAGACGAGCAAGUAGAGGGCAUGCUACUUCUUCACAAGGGCACAACCUGAAAGUUGCACACAUCAUUUGCCCUUGUCUGAACUCAGUCCCAUGGCUACACCUAGUUGUGUAAGAAAGGCCGGAAAAGAGUCUGGUGGGGCAGCCCUGUGCUCAGCUAAAACUUAGAGAUUCAAUUACUAAGGAAGAUGGAGAGAUGGAUAUAGGGGCAAAUGGCCAUCCCCCCACAUGGAGUUUUUGUAAUGACAGACACAAUGGCCAGAAUAUCAAAGAAGUCCUUAGAGACCAUCAGGUUAAACACUCUAAUUCGAUAGAUGAGAGACAGACUCAGAGAGGGGACUUGUCCAAAUUCACACAAGCCAGUGUUAGACCAAGGCUGGAUCCAUAUCUCCUAACU